AUGCUCGAUGAGGAGGAAGCGCCGACGGUGAUCAAGCGCCGUGCGAGACCUUCUGGCGGUGCGAGAGCUGGAGGGCUGACAAGCUCGACUUCCUCCUCGAGUUUGAGACAACCCGAGACGCCCAUUAGGAAGCCAGACGACUUUCGAGCAUCGACGCCCUCAAGCCUCCACGGCCACGAGGAUGAGGAUGAUGCGACGGUGUCUGUUGUGGUCAGGAGAGACAAGCAAAAGACGCCCGCCGGUCGCACGUUCUUGCGUGGCUCAGCCCAGUCUGCCACCGCCGCAGAGCGUCGAGCUGCCAAUUCUGCUCUUGCCAAUGAAUUCAAGCCGUCUGCGAUAGCACUCGACGAUGACAUCACAGACGAAGGUCUCAGCAAUCAGGCAAGCCAGGUGGUGAUUGAUAGGGAGCUCGGGACACCUUCAAGGAAGCUCACCAGAGGAUUGAGUCCGGUCAAUCUCGAGCGAAGUAAUGCACCCUCUCCGAUGGCGUACUCAGCAGAGCAUCUUGCAGAGCUGCGACAGGCGACCGCCAUCGCACCCGCAGAUUCGCCUCGGUCGGCCCCAGCCUAUGACGAGCUCACUCUUUCCAAAUUUGCCUCUACCUCUGCACUGUCGAGACAAUAUGACACAGAGGAGCCCGAGACCGCAUACGAAGCCGUCGAGCUGCCCUCAUCAGCGGCGAUAGCGGAGGCCAAGUCUAAGCGCGACUACAUGCGCAAAAUGGGCAUCAUUCAACCGCAGAACAGCAGCGCCGCUCAAGACUUUAUCUCGCUCGACAUUGUCAAUGCGCCCGCCAAGGGCGGCGAUUCUCGCUUCGUCAGGGAGGAAGACGAAGUAGGCGACGGGGAUGAUGAUAUGGCCGACUUCACCGGCGCCCGAGAGACCAUGCCGCUCGUCAAGAACCCCUUGGCUAAGAUGGCCAGCGAUCGUAGAGACGAUAUUAUACGGAUGAUAGAUGAUGCCGACGACGAUGCUGCAAUGCCGAUGGACGAAGAAGACGAAGAAGUCAGGGAAUGGGAGGACGCCCAGAUCAAGCGAGGCGACCAGAGCAGGCGCACGCAAAAUGGAGCAACACAGAUCAAGCGUGUGCAUCGAUCUAGCAAGAUUCCACAGCUGACGAGUCUGCCAAGCAUAGGCUUCGUACGCGCCCGCCUACGCUCGAGCUUGACCUUUGCACAAUCGACACACUCCUCUCAGGCCGAUACACUCCAAAAAUGCGAGAAAGAGGUCGAGAAGCUUGACCAGCACGAGCUCGAGCUACGAGCAGACAUCGAUGCCACGAAUGCGCGCUUCGAGUGGUUCCAAGAGUUCCGUGCCUGGAUCGAAGACGUCGCUGCUUUCCUUGAAACAAAAUAUCCUGCAUUGGAGAAGAUCGAGGCCGACAAUCUCGCCAUACAGAAGGAGCGGCUAGAUUUAGUGCAAAGACGGCGCUACGAAGACGAUUCUGAUGAUCUCGCGCUCUUCACUGGCGUGGCUACCCCGUCUAUCUACAGGCUGCCAACUCUGAUCGAGGCAGAGUCAGAUGACAUCGUUGACGACCUACAGCGUAUCCCACCGCAAGACGCGCUGCGGGAAGCGCGUAGGUUGGCUCGGCGACAUCGACACGCUCAGAGACGGCAAUCUGCCUCAUUACCAGUGCAGGACCGCGAGGAACCCGAGGGUGACUCGACGGACGACGAGCUCGAGCCGUCAGACACACUCGAUCUCGAAGAUGCAGUCAGAGAUCUGUAUAGACAACACCAGCUGCUCUUCCAGGACGUGGCUGCCGAGGACUUUGUCGAUCCUGAUCUCGGACUCAGAGCUCGGUUCGGCCAAUGGCGCGAGAAGCAUCACGAAGAGUAUGCAAAUGCUUUCGGCGGUCUCGCCAUGGUCAGUGCUUGGGAAUACUGGGCGAGGGCAGAGAUGGGUCUUUGGAACCCAUUCGAUAUUGCCCAAUUUCCCAGGACGACGGCCAGUCUUGAAGAAUAUAGGUGGCAUGCGAGCUUAGGCCAAUACGCUCACCGCCGCGAGUCAUCUGCAAUGUCGGAAGAAGAGCAUGCCGCCAACGGCAAGACCGAAGACGACAAUGUGCUUGCAGCGCUCGUCGCAUCUGCCGUCAUGCCACGGCUGGAAGCAUUUGCCAAAGACGCGCUUGAUCCCUACUCAUCUCGAGCUACACGUCUAGCCCUGCAUUGGAUUGAGGAAGUUGGCUAUGUCAUCCAGCCCGACUCUACUCGUUUUGAGACUCUUUUGCAGGCAUUCUUGCUGCCAACGCGCCAAGCUGUCACUCGCUUACAGUCACUUGUGGCGCCGCUACUGGAUCAGAUAAAUCUGCCUUCUUCCAAAAUUGAUGCUUCAGCAAUCCACGCUCGUUCGCGUAUGCUCCGAAGAUCGUUCAAAUUGCUCGUGCAAGCUAUGCGGUGGCGACGCUACGCCGUCAAACUUCGUCUGGCAUCAUCAACUGCCGUCGUCGGCACCGCAGGCACAUGGGACGACUUGCUGGUCACAGAGAUGGUCACGAAAGUUCUGCUACCACUGAUCGAGGCGAGCUGGGACACCGGCGGUCACGAGCAAGCGCGCAAGAUUCUCGACCUGCUGCCUGCCGAGGUGGUACCCUCGGCUUUGGCUCGGCGGCUAGGCAGGAAUUUUGCACGUAAAUGA